AUGCUUCUGCAGAGCAAUGGUGGCGAAGCUGAAGACGACACCGGGGCCCGACAAUUGCCAGACGUGGAAGACAUUCCUGGUGAUGUGCCUGUGUCUGGCUGGUCCGGCAGCGAGCUGGAAAUCCGAGAAGCACUGUUAAGAUGGUACGACUGCGAACGCCGUCGACUGCCCUGGAGAGGGGACCCGCCUCCUUGGAGUGAAAACAAGGCCAAGCUGAGAUCUGAAGCUGCCAGGAGAGAGUCCUCCAAACGCUGCCAGCCUUUGUCGAAGUUUUUCAGGUUGAAAGCCUCUCCCCAGGGAAGCGGCGGGGUCGUUAUUGAUCUGGAGUCUGAAGAAGCUGCAGGGCCAGGGGCUUUCCCGCGGAGCGCCUAUGGGGUGUGGGUGUCCGAAGUCAUGCUGCAGCAGACACAGGUGGAAGUCGUUAUCGGCUACUGGACUCGCUGGAUGGAUCUGUUUCCAAGCAUAGACGCAUUGGCUGCAGCCACCGCGGAGGAAGUGAAUGCUGCCUGGGCAGGAUUGGGCUUUUACGGACGGGCCAGGCGCUUGCAUGAGGGUGCCCGGUACGUCAUGGAGCAUCAUGGAGGAGAGUUGCCGCAGAACAUCGAAGAUCUUCUUCGUAUCCCUGGUGUUGGUCCGUACACAGCGGGAGCCAUCGCAUCGAUUGCCUUCAACAAGCGAGCUGCAGUGGUGGAUGGGAAUGUUGUGCGUGUCUUUAGCCGCCUUGCAGCACUGACAGGGCAUGGGAAGUCGCCGGCCUUGCACAAGCAGUGUUGGACACUCGCCGAAGCUCUCCUGCAUCCUGAAAGGCCAUCUGCCUUCAAUCAAGCACUAAUGGAACUGGGUGCGACUGUCUGCACGCCUCUUGCCCCAGCAUGUAGUCGAUGCCCUGUCCGUACGGCUUGCAAAGCGCACAAGUUGGCAGCCGCAGGCACAGUGACUUCUGUGACUGGUUUUCCAGCCAAGCAAGCAAGCCAAAAGCCUCGGCGCCAACGUGUCCUGGCUCUUGCGGCUGUCGCGAAUGCAAACGGUGCCUGGAUGCUCGUGCGCCGACCGCCGAACGGUUUGCUUGCAGGGCAACUCGAGUUUCCAUCCAUAGAGCUUGGCGAUCAAACGCAGGGAAUCUCGCAUGCAAUAUCUUGCCUGCGAGAAAUGCUGACCGACUUCGGUCUUUGCCGUGAUAUGCCUCUUACAAGUCUCGAUGCUCCCAUCGAGCAUGUUUUCUCCCACGAGCACCACUUCAUGCAUGUCUUCAAAGGCACUCUAUCUGCGGGCCUUCCGGCAGAGCCAAAGAGGGAGGUGCUGUGGCUCACGCCGACUGAGGCUGAAGAAGCGGGCAUCACAAGUGGAUUGCAAAAGGCCCGGGUGGGCAUGUUGAGAAUAGGCACAUCCGAAGAAGGGUUGGGAAGUUAA